GACAACAACAAUGCGGUUCUACGGAUUUUUCUUAAUACUUUUGGUGACAAGUCGCUCGUCGAUUUCUUUACUUGUUCCAGAAAUCCCAUCGUUCUUGAAGAUAUGUCAUCAAAGUGAUCCAUUCCUCGACGAUUGUAUAAUGCAAAGUGUCGUUUCCUUGAAACCGUAUUUAAAAAAUGGAAUAACAGCUCUUGGGAUUCCAACGUGUGAACCGCUUCGCUUAGAAGAAAUCCAAAUUGACCAAAGUUCCGGGCCAAUCUAUAUUCACGCGAGGUAUAACAACGUGUCCAUUUAUGGUGGCACUAACUUCGUACCUAAGAGCAUCAGCUUCGACUUAAACAAAAAUGUAGUACACCUGGAACUCUACAUUCCACGACUGGAAAUGGUAGCGAAUUACAUCAUGGAUGGUAGAAUUAUAAUGCUACCAAUCACAGGAAAUGGUAUCGGAUACGGAAACUUCACAGACAUCGAUGCCAUUGUCGCUCUACAGUUGGAACGUUAUCGUAACGAGAGAACAGGGUUGAUUCAUCAGAAGGUGGAGGACAUUUAUGUCGAUUUUGAGAUCGGCCAUGCCACUGUACGCUUAGAUAAUUUGUUCAACGGCGACGAAACGCUUUCAGCCGCCAUGAAUCUUUUCUUGAACGAGAACUGGAGCACGGUGAUAACGGAGAUAAGGCCGAAAUUGGAGGAGACCGUUGCCAUGUUGGUCACGAAUUUCACGAAUAAGAUUUUCUCGGUGUUUCCGGAGGAUGUAUUAUUGCCACCUUGAAGUAAAAUAUUAUAUAUUUUUUUUUCUCUCCUGUAAACACGUUAACGCGAUGUAUCGAUUGAUUUUGUAAGUUUUUCUAGAUUUUUAUAUCUUGUUUUUAAAUACUGUUUUCGAAGUUGUUAUAAAAUUACAAAUUGCAGUUAUUUCUAUUUUCUCUUAAAAAUUUCUAAACAUUUUUUCAAGAUAGUUUCCAGAUUUCUUUCAACGUUUCUCUAAUUAUUUGAAAAUACGUAAUUAGUAUUCGAUAAUUAAUUUUACAGUUUCCUACAACUCACGAGCCUAAACGAAGAUAACCGCACGACGAGUGUGUAAAUCGUAGAACAGCAUUGUAGGCGCUAAUAAAAGUCCUCGCUCAGUUUUAUACCGAAAGUAAAUCGUUAUAUCAUAUUCCUUGUAUUCUUAUUAGAAUUCUAUAAUAAAUGGGAAAUAAAACUA